CACUGGCAGGGGUUGCCCAGGGCACCGGUGGAGUCCCCAUUCCCGGAGGUGUCCAAGGAAGGCCUGGCCGUGGCGCUCAGCGCUCUGCGCUGGGGACGAGGCGGGGAUCAGUCCCGGGCUGGACUCGGUGAUGCCGGGGGUCGUUCUCGGCCCGGACAAUUCCGGAGUCCCGCGGCCGGGCUGGGUGGUCCUCCGGCCGCCAGGGGGCGCGGCGGGCAGAGCGGCAGGCGGGGCGGGGCGCUCCGGCCGCGCCGCUCGCUGGUGCCGCUGGUCACGUUACCCGGGGUGAGGCAGCGAUGGCGGCACCGAGCGGUGUCGGGCCGGUGCCCGAGGGCUGCGAGCCAAAAUCCCGGCAGGGUCGACUCAGUCCUGCAUCCUUCCGAGAGUCUGGGCCCUCGGGCACAGAACGGCGCUGUUCUGGAUGAGGGAAGGGUAAAGAAGACGAGGAGCUUGGAAGCUGUGUGACCCUGGGAGGGGGACCCGCAGAGAGAAGAAGAGAAGAAUAGUGAUGGUGAAGGAAAGGAAGGACUGAGAGGCAGAGCUGGACUGGUGAAGAUGCGGGGAGAUUUGUUCCAGGGCAGGCUCAGGCUGUGUCAGGGGUGGCAGCUCCAGCACAGAGGGCAAACCAUGCAGGACAGCGAGUUCCAGAGCUGCAGUUCAGCUGCUGCCUCCUCUGGGCCUGUCGGUGCCUGCAGGGCUGGUGCUGACAGCCUGUCAGACAGCCAGAGCAGCCUGUGCCAGGCUGGUGACACCUCUGUCCCCCAGGGCCAGGCAGCACCUGCAGGAGCCCACCCAGAUCCCGGCCCUGGCUCACUGCUGCCUCACUGUGCUCCUGAGUGUGUUUUCCCAGACUAAAUAAAACAUCUCUUCUUUCCACACCCUUACCUUGUCUCGUUACAGUGCCCACAUGGAUUUAUGGUGUCCAGAAGUUUUUGAAAACUGGAGCAUUUUCCAGAGCUGUGUUGCUGUGUUUGAAUUACAGCUGUUGUAAAAUGAAGUGCUUGGUUUUAUUUUGCUGUCAUCACCCCAACAGCUGCAGAUUGGGAAACACCCAGAAAACAUUCUGUGCCCUUCCCAAGAGUGUGGCUGCUCCUCCUGGAGCUGAUUCCUGCAGGGAGCAGGGGGAUCAGGAUUUGGUGUCCCUGGGUGCUCACUGCCUGCAGGCUUCCAGUUCUGCAGCCAAGGCUCCCCAGCAAACACAGACCCCAGGAUCCCUCAGCCUCUCUCUGCAGUGACCAUCUGUGCCCUGGACAGAGGCAGGGUCAGGACUGAAGAUGCCUCUCUUCUCCAGGAAGAAGAAACCCAGCGACGAUGCUCGGAAGCGCCUCGAGUACCAAAUGUGCCUGGCAAAAGAAGCUGGUGCUGAUGACACCCUUGACAUAUCCAGAUGUGAGCUCUCAGAGGUUCCUUAUGGGGCCUUUGCAACUUGCAAGGUCUUGCAAAAAAAGGUGCUGAUUAUUCAUACCAAUAAUCUGACAUCCUUAGUUCCAAAGUCCUGCAGCCUCCUGAGUCUCAUAACUGUGAAGGUUCUGGAUCUGCAUGACAACCAGCUGGCAUCACUUCCUGCUGAUAUUGGUCAGCUGACAGCUCUUCAGGUCCUAAACCUUGAAAGGAAUCUUUUAAAAAGCCUUCCACAAUCUAUAGGAGACCUUGCACAGCUCCAGGUUCUCAAUGUGAAAGGGAACAAGCUGAGGGCGCUGCCCGGGAGCGUGAGCGGCCUGCGGAGCCUGCGGGCUCUGGAUGUCAGUGGGAACGAGCUGCAGGAGCUGCCCCGGGUGCUGGCCCACGCCCGCAGCCUGCAGACGCUGACCCUGGAUGCCUCUGCCAUGACCUACCCACCCCCUGACAUCUGCAGUGCAGGUACAGAGGCCAUCCAGCACUUCCUCUGCAAAGAGUGUGGAAUUGCGUACUACCCUCCCUCACAGUACCUGCUGCCCACGCUGGAGAGCGAUGGAGGAGGAACUUCAGUGGAUGGGGUGGACAGGACAGUGGAGAAGUACCUGGAGGAGGAGAGUGAGUGGCAGAACAAAUUCUUGGAUUAUGAGAAGAGGAAGGAAAGAAAAACGCAGGAGAAGCUGGAAUUUGAGCGGCGCCUGAACGUGGGGCAGCGAGAACAGGCCCUGCUGGUGCAGCAGCUCAACAGCCACAAGGAUGAGAUCCUGCAGACAGUGAGAGAGGAGCAGCAGAGGCUGGAGCAGGGUCUGUCGAAGCACCAGCGCUGUUUGGAGGAGGAGAGGCUGAAGCUGCUGCAGCAGCUGAAGGACACAGAGCAGAGCAUUGCCAGCCGGAUCCAGAAGCUGCUGGAGGACAACCAGAGGCAAAAACGAAGUUCAGACAUUUUGAAGUCCUUGGAGAAUGAGAGAAUCAGGAUGGAACAGCUGAUGGCAAUAACCCAGGAGGAGACGGAGCAGCUGCGCAGGAGGGAAGUGGCCUCUGCCAUGCAGCAGAUGCUUGCUGAGACCUACAAGAACAAGCUCCUCCAAAUGACCUCCGAGUCUCGUCGGCAGGACCUCGUCAGCCAGGCCUGCUCCAGCCUAGCUGAGAUGGAUCAGAAGUUCCAGCAAAUCCUGGCUUGGCAGCAGCUGGAUCAGAACAAAGCUGUCAGUCAGAUCUUGCAGCAGAUUGAGAUGCAGAAAACUGCCUUUGAAGCUCUCCAGGUGAAGAAGGAUCUUAUGCACAGGCAGAUCAGGAACCAGAUUAAAUUAAUAGAAACAGAGUUAUUGCAGCUGACACAGCUGGAGUUAAAGAGGCAAGAACUGGACACAGAGAUGCUGCAGGAGGUGGUCACGGAGCAGCGCCGGGCGCUCGGCUGCCUCCUGCAGCAGCUGCUCAAGGAGAAGAAGCAAAGGGAGGAAGAACUGCAACAAAUCCUGCUGGAAAUGGAGGCAAAGAGUGAAACCAAGCAGGAGAACUACUGGCUGAUCCAGUACCAGCGCCUGCUGAACCAGAAGCCCCUCUCCCUGAAACUCCAGGAGAAGGGUUUGGAGCAGCAGCUGGUGACCCUGCUGCUGGAGCUCUCUGCUGAGCAGUACCUGCCACUCUUCGCUCACCACCGAAUAUCCCUGGAAACGCUUGGCACCAUGAGUGCCAGUGACCUGGAGAAGCUCGGUGUGACAGAGGCUGGUCUGCAGCGUGCCAUCCUCAGGCGGGCUCAGGAGAUCCUGGCUGUGGCCACGACCAUCCCAGAGCUGCGGAGGGCAGAGGACAGCGAGGUUCCCGCGGGCCCAGAGCCCAGCGCUCCCCCGGAGGAGCCCCCGGGCCCCGCGGCCCCCACGGCCCCAGCGCUGCAGUGGGACGAGAAGAAGUCGGAGUGCGUUGUGUGCAUGGAGCAGGAGCCCCAGAUGAUUUUCCUGCCCUGUGGCCACGUCUGCUGCUGCCAGGGCUGCUGCGAGCGGCUGCACUCGUGUCCCCUGUGCCGCCAGGACAUCGCCCAGCGCGUCCGCAUCUUCCACAGCGCCUAGGCCGGCCCGGCGGGCCCCGGCCCGCUCCCGGGCUGUCCCCGCUGCCGCUCACGCCCCCGUGAACAGCGCCUCGGCAGCACGGCCAGCGCUGCCCUCCCCGCGCUGCCUGUGCCCGGGAGCCUCUGCAUCCUCCCAGCUCCCCGGUGGCUUCUCAGCCCCAGCUGGGGCUCUUCAAUGAAUCCCUUCUGCCGCCCACCCGCCCUGCGUCCCCGUGCCUGGGUGACAAACCGGGCGCAGCUGUGGCUCCUCCUCUCUGGCAGAGCUGUUUGCUGUCAGAAGGGCCCCUGGGGGAUCACAGGGACACGGGGAAUGCUUCCAGCAGUGCUGCGCGGAGGGGGGGGGGGAAAUUUCCCGUGGGAGCAUUCGGUCAGGACGUGUUGUUCUUCGUGUGCUGACACUGCCGUGCACCUCUGUCAUGCCAAAGGUCUGGGGCUUCUGCUCUGGAGCCCCGCAGGAGCGUGUCUGGGUCUGCAGCCUCAGGCAGGCAGAGCCAGGAGCUCCCCAGCCCCCAGUUCCUGCUCCUGCAAGGGGAGAGAGCAACACCCCCAGGACUGGAGGGACCUGCCCUGGCCAGAGGAGCCCAGUGGGGUCCUUAUCCACAGAUCAGGUAGGGAGCAGAAAGUGCUGCUGCCACUGGACAGCACUGGGGCAGGGCUGGGGCUGUGCCCAGCUCAGGACCACGGUGCCUCUGCACUGGGGUGUGGGGACUGCUCCAUUUUCAUUGAUCAGUAACAAUUCCUGUCUGUCCCUCGGCUCUUGACUGAAAUAUAAAAAUGCUGCCACGAGCCCAGUCCCACCACCGCCUUCCCCAGGAGCAGCCAUUAAACUGCAGCUGGUUUCUGC